GUCUGAGGAGCUUCAAAGUUUUUCGUGCUCCUGCAUUCUGUGCCGUGUUAACAACACACAUAGGGGCCUAUAUAUGCCACACACAUACGCAUGCCGAUUUCAGAAUGUUUAUCUUUGCUCGAACAUCUCCACUGGCUAUGAACGUUAUUUGUUUUAUUUUUUCCACCAAGACGACACAAGCUGCUGAUUCUGGCGAAACUGUUUUAUCGGGAACCAGGUUUUUGACACUUAAUAACGGCGAACGGGAUGGUUCCCGACUGUUGCAUCGGACCCCACGGUCUGUGAACGAAGAUAACUUGUCAGACACGGAAGUACAACAGAUCGUGGAUGGCCACAACGCUUACAGGCGCGGGGAAGGAGCCUCUAAUAUGGAGUACAUGGUAUGGAAUUCAGAACUGGCGAGGAUGGCCACGGAUUAUGUCAGGCUGUGUGUCUGGGCUCACAGCACGAUGGAUAAGCGAGAUUACAACAUCUCGUACAGUCGUGUGGGCGAGAACUUGCAGUACACGUCUGGCGGAAGGAACGUUAGCGUGGCAUUGGCAAUGUGGUUCCGAGAGAAGGCAUUUUACAAUUACAGCUCUCGUAGUUGUACUCCAGGGAAAAUGUGUGGUCACUACACCCAAUUAGUAUGGGCCAAAUCACAUGAAGUCGGAUGUGGAAUAACACGUUGUGCAAAUUUCACCAAAGGCAAUGCCAUCCGCCAUAACAUUACAUACUUUGGCUGUAACUACGUUCCUCGUGGUAACUAUAACGGGGUUGCCCCAUAUAAAAAAGGCCCAGCCUGCUCUAAUUGUACAUCUGGGGAGAGGUGGUGCAAAACCGGUCUCUGCUAUAACAAAUGCCCUGGCACGGAUCCUGCUUGCGACCCAACGACCACCAAUUCUACCACAUCAACUACAUUCACGCCAUGCGCAUCACCGUCAGAACCCGUGACGUCUACCGUGACGUCAGAGGCAACAAAGCUUCCAGUGACAUCAGUGUCUGGAUCUGUCGGUUGUUUAUCCAGCCUCUGUCAACAUGGAUCCACUCUCGUUCUUAAGGGCACACAGUGCAUUUGUGACUGCUCGGAGAAUUACCGUGGUGAAAACUGCCAAUUUUCUAGAUUAGAGGAUCGGUUCGGCGCUGUGUUUAAUUUCGUUGGGGACAUCAAUAGGUGGGAUGUGGCUUGGCAGGCUUUACUAGCCCAGAUUCCGACAUCUGUUAACCAGUACUGUCGGGACAAUCCGGGACUCUGUUGUGAGAAAGAGGCUUCCAUUGGAUCUGGCAUGUUCAUCAACGCGUCUCAUUUGCGGGUGGGGUCAGGUUACCCGUACGCUCUGCCCGAUGGAGGGGAAAGGUUUACCGUCAGUAUCCUAGCCCUGUACAACCCACAGAACACCUUCUGUCGGUACAACACGGACUAUAUAAAAACAGACGUUUAUGUUUCCGGGGAGACGCUGUACAAUGGGAUAAUGUACCAGAAGAACCUGUUGUCGGAUGUACUGGCAUCGUGCUGUAACUUUGCCCUGGUGACAGCGGGUCCUGGCCCAUUCCCGGUCACAAACCUAUCGGAUGGAUGGUUACCCUGGAAAAGCGCACUCGUGGGCUUGUCUGCUGUUGGGGCCGUUGUAGCUCUUUUGGUUUUGCUUUUCCGCUUCCGGCACACCUUAAAUUUAAACAGAGAAACCUUGUGGAAAAAUAGGAGACACGACAACAAUUUGUAUAAUGUGGAUGAUAUACAAGAAAUGAAAGACACAAAACAGACAUAUGGACAGAUUAAAUAUGCUGAAAAACAGGAAGGUGAGCAUACAUAUGAAGAGAGUCAGGAUGCUGAAAACAGGAAGGUGGGAAUCUAGAAGACUAAGAUACUGAAACACCCCCGCCCCUCCCUAAAACUGGAUGAUCCGCACGUAGACAGUAUUGGAUGCUGGAAAACGGGAAUCUGGCGAGGAAAGAUCGGGAGAUAAUGGGGGAGAUAACCCCGAAUAACGCGAUCGCUCGUAGCGCUAUAUAAUACAUACCAAUAUCUACAACGUUAACUUUGUACAUAGUAUUGUUAAAAGGCCAUUGACAAAUAUUUACAUGUAAGCGGAAGGCUAGGUGCUUUAAGAAUCCUUGCUUCAUAUGCUUGCAAAUAACAUUUACUUAAGCUUUUGCUUGAUGUAAAACAAUUGUUUUAUUUGACUGAAAGUUUAAUACCUUUUUGUGUUGUGUUCAUAGAAACAUUUUACAGAAUAUUUCAUUUGUUUGUUUACUCAUGUCACAGUGACUUUCUAUUUUCAUUCUUGUUUCACCUAUACAUUUGCCUUAAUCUUAAAUUUAACACGACACAUUCCACUAAAUCUUGUUUAACGCUUGCUUUCGUGCCGCGUUGCAUGGAGAGUCGAUCUUCAUGUCACUUUUCAGCCAAUUGAAGAUAUUGGUGUGACCUUACAUGACCACUGUACUGAGCCGUUGACAGACAAUUAGUAUGCAAGAGGGUUGAUUUUUGAUUGGAUGAGCUUGGACUUAGUUAGAGAUAAAAGCACUUGCCUGGCGGUCGAAAGGUGCAGUUCAUACCAAACUUAUCUGCCAUUAGUUUUCAUAACUUUAGUGUUUUUCCCUCGUCCGGUCCUUCUGUCCUGUAGGCUACAACUGAAUAAAGAAUUAGUGCCUGUCAAUUAUGUACAACUUGUCCUGUUUCGUUGCUAUCCCAGUCCGGAAAGGCCCACGCGACAUUUAUUUAAUUGGUGUUUUACGCCGCACUCAAGAAUAUUUCACUUAUACCACGGCGGCCACGGUGGGAAAAAUCCAAGCAGAUCCCGGGGGAAACUCACUGAAAGCCGCUCUUUGAAAGUAUUGUGCUACAACGUUACUGCCACCCUGUCCUGUUACACUGUCUAAAGUUUCUUGAUAUGAACAGUUCGUGUAAUAUCUUCCUUGAUAUGUACCAGAUCGCAAUGAAACUUGGCUCACACCAUCCCAGUGAUCCGACGGACGUGGUAUAUCAAGGAUUAGCGUGCAGGUGCAGUAGUGCGCCAAUGGGCAUGCGCAAACUGAAAAUCGGUCGAUUUUGAAAAUUUACCGACUAAAGUUUCUUGAUAUACAGGGUGGAGAAAAAGUCUGGACCCAUAAGCAAUUGUGGUUGAUGGUAACAAACUAAGAACAUUGCAAGUACUAAAAGAUAACGUCACACCAGAAAUUAAAACCUUAAGAGCGAAUAACUCUAUGCUUCGAAAUGUGCAAAGAUCAUGUGUCUCCCGUGUAAGAAAGUGUUUGGAGGAAGGUGGAAGUCAGUUCGAACAUUUAUUGUAAACUUUAAAUUGUUAUAUGGUAAAUUGCUUAUGGGUCCAGACUUUCGAUCCAGUAUAUUUGAUGUAUGACAUUAUAAUACGAAAAAGUAGACCUAAUGUUUUUACGUUGCCUAAAACAAAGAUUACGUAUUCUCUUUAUUCAUGUAUGUACCUUCUCGAAAUAAAAUUUGUUAUGUGCACGACUACCGUCAGUUUCUAAAUUUAGCUUGCCACUGUUUACAUACGCUGAGUUCGGCGCCUGCUUUGUGCCUCUGCGUUAGAGUGUUCCAGAAUGCGCGCAGUUCGGUGCCUGUUUGUUUACAUCAAGUGUUCAGGAAUUUUCUUAUUCUAGACAAUUCCGCCAGGCUAUAUAAGACCUAUGAAAGCAGGUCAAAAGGGGAGAAUGGAGAGAAUGGAGAAUUAUUGAGAGUUUUGGAUGCUUUCGCUGUGUAUCACUGUAGGAGGCCCUUUGUGCUGAAUUUUGGUGUCUUUAUAGCCUCUGGCCUUGUUAUAUCUCCACCGAGCACUUGUUCAGUCCGAGCUUGUAUAUUUGAUUCGUGCUCUUGUGUACAUAGUGCUUAUUAGUACACGGACCCUGUCUGUGGAAUUUUGUGUAUAUUUCGUCAUACACUCAGUUAUACUGUGGAUUUUCCCUCUUGUGAAUUUGCCUCUAUUGUGGAAUAUAUGCGUCCGUUUGGACUUGACACCGUAAGUACUUUAGUAUUU